GAUGGGUCGCAGGGAAGAGCCCCUACCUUGUCUUCAGUUGGAUGGAACACGAUGGUCGGGCCAAGAGACGAACUAAACUGGUUAAGUUGUACCUUUGUCUGGUGCGUGUCUGGACUCUUCAAAGUAAUCUUCUGUUCUUUCUUGUUUCCCCCCCCUCUCUCCCCUCCCUCCUCUACUAUCGUCCAACACAUGAUAGUAUAUUGCCUAAGUACGUAUAGACAGGGAAGGAAAACAAAAAAGAUAAAAAGAUAAAAAGAGAUAAGGGAAAGUAGGCCAGGGUGUGAAUUUUGUAAACACCUAAUGUGAAGACUACAGAUACAUUCAUUACAUCAGAAAAGUGAGAGAUAAAAACUCCCAGGUGUCAUCUUAUCAUGCCAGCCCGAUGACAAGAACA